CUGCCCUGGCUUCGCCCUGGCCGAAGGCCCUGCCGCGCGGGCUCGGGCCCGUGGACCGACCACCCCUGGCUCCAGUCCAUCUUGCUCACAACCUCACAGCACCGCCGCGCUUCCGCGUCGCCCGCUGCACGGCAGGGGCCUCUCCCCACCCCCCGCGGCCGUCCCUGAGGCCCCUGGACAUCGCCACGCCGCCGGGGCCCUCCAGGGACCGAGCCCAGCUGCUCGGAGGGCCGGGGGCAGAGGCCCGGGGCUGGGCUGAGGGCUGCGAGCGUCGCCCUGAUCCUCUCAGCGGCCCGGCGCGGCGGCAGGCCCGGAAACGGACACUCCCAGCGGCAAGGCGGAGGGACCCGCGUCGGCCGGCGACAGGACCCCCGCGCGGGCGCAGCCGGACGGCCAGCAGCGAGGGCAUUCGGGUGCCCGGGGCGGCCCGAGAAGACGCCCCGCCCACGAGAACACUGCACGCGCCGGCGCCCUCGCGGGGCAUUGUGGGAGUGGCAGCCCUGCGCCCUCCUCGGCACCCGCCCCGCACACGCACCCACUCCGCAUUAAACGGCUCUCGGGGCGCCGCUGGGGUCCGACGCCCUGCUCUCGGCUGCCGCCCCCGCAGCGCCCAUUCGGCGGGCGGCCGGCCCCAGAGGUGCCUCGGGGACUACAAUUCCCGGCGCGCCUCGCGCGGCGCCGCCGCUCGGCGCGCGGCCUUGUGGGAGCUGUAGUCCGCGCGCGAUUCACAGCGCCGCGUGCGCCCCCGGCGCGCCGUAGCCUCAGGCCCCGGCCGGGCGCUACGCUACGGAGGUGGCGUAAGGCGGGCGCCUGACGCGGGCCGGGGCCGGGGCCGGACCGGGGCCGGACCGGGGCCGGGAGCUGGGCGCCUCUGCGACUGCGGCGCUCGUGGGGCCGCCCUGGCUGCACGGUCGCCGGCGAGAGGGGCCGCGCGGCUCUCCGGAGGCAGGAGUUGUGGAUCGGCUGGCGGUGACGAGCGGGCCCCGGGCCAGGGCCGCGCCUCCCGGGCCGCAGGGUCUGAGGCGGCAACGCCGGGCUGCGGAGGUCCGGAAGCCCGGGAAUGGUAGUGACUUGUCCCACCCGCGCUCCUCCUGGGCUGCCACCGGGCCUGGACCGUGAGGCCGGAGUGAUGCCAGGCGCAGAGCCGGAGCCUCCACGGGCCACUCCAGCGAGGUCAGCUGAGCCCCGCCUCCCCUGUGCUGCUGUGCUCAUCCGGCCGCCUGUCUCCGGCGUGGGCACUCUCCUCCCUCCAUGCUCCACUUCGCCCGCUGCCGGCCAGAGGUGACCAGGCCUGGCUCUCAGCGUGGCUGCUGUCAGGGGGGCCAUGGGGAGCUCUGCCUCCUCCCUGGCCACCGAGACCGAGUCGGACCACGGCUUCCCCGGGGGGCCACCCUACCCAGGGCCCCCGGCAGCGGCUGGCUGGUGUAGGAGCGGCCCUGGGGGGCCUGUCUGGGGAGGCGCCCUGGUCACCCGGCAGCACCAGCCCCUGCACCCCCGGGCCCGCAGCCACACCCACUCGCCCGGGUCUAUGGCCGCAGUCGGGGAGUGGUCCUGUGCACGCUGCACCUUCCUGAACCCUGCUGGCCAGCGUCAGUGCUCCAUCUGCGAAGCUCCCCGGCACAAGCCCGACCUUGACCAGAUCCUGCGGCUCAGCGUGGAGGAGCAGAAAUGGCCCUGUGCCCGCUGCACGUUCCGGAACUUCCUGGGCAAGGAAGCCUGCGAGGUGUGUGGCUUCACCCCCGAACCCCUGUCUGGAGCCUCCCUGCUGCCCAUCAUCAAUGGGGUCCUGCCCAGGCCACCCACUGUCCUGGUGGAGCCCAAAGGCAGCUGCAAGGAGGAGCCGGGGCUGGUGCGGACAGCGGGGCUGGCGGCCGUGGAGCCGGGCGGAGGACGCCCUGCGGAGCAGCAGGAGCAGCAGCAGGAGCAGGAGGAAGGGGUGACGGAGCCCAGGAGCGGCUGGGCCUGCCAGCGCUGCACGCUGCUCAACACUCCCGUGGCCACCUCCUGCUCCGCCUGCGGUGGCCCUCGAAAGCUCUCACUGCCCAAGAUCCCUCCAGAGGCCCUGGUGGUCCCUGAGAUUCUGGCCCCUGCUGGCUUCCACAUCGUGCCGGCCCCGCCGCAGCCGGUCCCUGGGGAGGCUGCCGAGACUGACCCUCCAUCCAGCAGCCAGGGCCCAGCCGCUGCAGACCAGGAGCCCCCCCGGAUCCCGCCCUUCAGCCCCUUCUCACCCACUCUGCAGAACAACCCCGUUCCUCGAAGCCGCCGGGAGGUCCCCCCGCAGCUGCAGCCGUUGGUGCCUGAGGCUGCACAGCCUUUGAGCUCCACUGGCUCCAAGGGUGCCCCCCAGGGCCCAGGGCGGGCUGGGGCAGGGGCCUGCCGCCUGGCAGAGCUGCUGUCGGCCAAGCGGCUGAGUGCGCUGGAGGAGGAGGCGCCUGAGGGCGGCCCCUCCCGCGGUGAGGCCUGCAGCCCUGCCCCGAGCAGCGGCAGUGACGUCAUCGACCUGGCAGGUGACUCAGUGCGCUACACGCCCUCCAGCCCGUCCAGCCCUGACUUCACCACCUGGUCGUGUGCCAAGUGCACACUCAGGAACCCCACGGCAGCCCCCAGGUGCACAGUGUGUGGCUGCUCCAAGCUACACGGCUUCCAGGAGCACACGGAGCCCCCCGCACACUGCCCUGACUGUGGCACCAACAAGCCUGGCCCCUGUGGUGGCAGCUGCGGACGGGGCCCCUCGGCUCCCAGGGCAGCUCGCCUCCUGCCUGAGCGCCCGGGCCAGUGGGCCUGCCCUGCCUGCACCCUGCUCAACGCACCCCGGGCCAAGCACUGUGUGGCCUGCCACACGCCCCAGCUCCUGGUGGCCCAGCGCCGGGGGGCCGCCCCGCUGCGGCGCAGAGAGAGCAUGCACGUGGAGAAGCGGCGGCAGACAGACGAAGGCGAGGCCAAGGCCCUCUGGGAGAACAUCGUGGCCUUCUGCCGGGAGAACAGCGUGAACUUUGUGGAUGACAGCUUCCCCCCUGGGCCUGAGUCUGUGGGCUUCCCUGCGGGGGACAGCGUCCAGCAGCGCGUGAAGCAGUGGCUCCGGCCCCAUGAGAUCAACUGCUCCGUCUUCAGGGACCACAGUGCCACGUGGUCCGUCUUCCACACCCUCCGGCCCUCGGACAUCCUGCAGGGGCUGCUGGGGAACUGCUGGUUCCUGAGUGCUCUGGCGGUGCUGGCUGAGCGGCCGGACCUGGUGGAGCGGGUGAUGGUGACGCGCAGCCUGUGUGCGGAGGGUGCCUACCAAGUGCGGCUGUGCAAGGACGGCACGUGGACCACGGUGCUGGUGGACGACAUGCUGCCCUGCGACGAGGCCGGCUUCCUGCUCUUCUCGCAGGCACAGCGGAAGCAGCUGUGGGUGGCCCUCAUCGAGAAGGCUCUGGCCAAGCUGCAUGGCUCCUACUUCGCCCUCCAGGCAGGGCGCGCCAUCGAAGGCCUGGCCACGCUCACCGGUGCCCCCUGCGAGAGCCUGGCGCUGCAGGUCAGCUCCACGAACCCCCGAGAGGAGCCCGUUGACACUGACCUCAUCUGGGCCAAGAUGCUGAGUUCUAAGGAGGCUGGGUUCCUCAUGGGCGCCUCCUGUGGAGGGGGCAACAUGAAGGUGGACGACGCUGCCUACGAGAGCCUGGGGCUGCGCCCGCGCCACGCCUACUCUGUGCUGGAUGUCCGCGACGUGCAGGGCUCCAGGCUCCUAAGGCUCCGGAACCCGUGGGGCCGCUUCUCCUGGAACGGCAGCUGGUCAGACGAGUGGCCGCACUGGCCGGGGCACCUGCGCAGUGAGCUCAUGCCGCAUGGCAGCAGCGAGGGCGUCUUCUGGAUGGAGUACAGCGACUUCAUCAGGUACUUUGACUCCGUGGACAUCUGCAAGGUGCACUCAGAUUGGCAGGAGGCCCGGGUGCAGGGCCGCUUCCCCAGCACGGCCAGCGGGCCUGUGGGGGUGACGGCGCUCACGGUGCUAGAGCGCGCCUCGCUGGAGUUCGCCCUCUUCCAGGAGGGCAGCAGGCGCUCAGACACAGUGGACAGCCACCUCCUGGACUUGUGCAUCCUGGUGUUCCGAGCCACCUUCGGCAGUGGCGGCCGCCUGAGCCUGGGCCGCCUCCUGGCCCACAGCAAGCGCGCGGUCAAGAAGUUUGUGCACUGUGAUGUCAUGCUGGAGCCGGGCGAGUACGCCGUGGUGUGCUGUGCCUUCAACCACUGGAGCCCCGCCCCGCCGGCCUCCAGCCCUUCGGCAGGGAUCCCUCGAGCCGCUGAGCCGCCUGGCCACGUGCUCGCCGUGUACAGCUCGCGGCUGGUCAUGGUGGAGCCGGUGGAGGCCCAGCCAACCACACUGGCCGACGCCAUCAUCCUGCUCACAGAGAGCCGAGGCGAGCGGCACGAGGGCCGUGAGGGCAUGACCUGCUACUACCUGACACACGGCUGGGCGGGGCUCAUCGUGGUGGUGGAGAACCGGCACCCCAAGUCCUUCCUCCACGUGCAGUGUGACUGCACCGACAGCUUCAACGUGGUGUCCACACGCGGCAGCCUGCGCACCCAGGACAGCGUGCCGCCCCUGCACAGGCAGGUCCUGGUGAUCCUGUCCCAGUUGGAGGGCAAUGCUGGAUUCUCCAUCACCCACCGCCUGGCACACCGAAAGGCGGCCCAGGCCUUCCUCAGCGACUGGACAGCCUCCAAGGGCACCCACAGCCCCCCCCUCACGCCUGAGGUUGCCGGCCUGCACGGGCCCCGGCCGCUGUGACCACAGUGCCUGGGCUGGGGGCUGCGUGCGAACACACCACCCCUACAUGCACUUUACGAGGGAGACCCGACGGAGGACGCUUGAACCAGAAUCUCAGGACCCCGCCCAGGGAGCCGGUGCCGCCCCGAGGCACAGCUUCCCGUGGGCCCCUCUCGCCCCUCCCACCCCCACCCUGAGCACCCACAGUCCGCCUGACCAGGCCUCCCGGCCGCCUUGCAGAAUACCUCGAGCCAGGUGGACUCCACACCAGCCCCUCCUGCCUGCUACGGACCCAGCUGGGCUGCCCCUCCCCCCGGGACGUGGGGACCUGUGCCGGGUGAGGCAGCCAAGGCUCCACACAGAACCAAAUCUGCAGGGUCAGGCUGGGACCCCGGGGUGAGACCCGGGACUCUCUCCCGGGGAGCUGUGAGGUCAGAGCCUUCGCACCUCAGUGUGACCCCACCAGGCAGCGGGGGUCCCUGGAGGCACAUGGCCCCAGGGCCUGGCCCCCAAGCAGUGCGCCCCAGGAGGCAGGUGCCUCGGUCCAGGGCUCAGGGCUGGAGAGCCCCUGCCCAGCCGCUCCUCCCGCAACACUAUGCAAUUCCUGGAGCGCCGGCAGGAUCGAAGCCAUGACGGGCGGCAGGUCGGGCAGCCGGGCCCAGCCGUGCUGUCUGCUGCUUUGUCCUCAGCACCCUGAACACUGCUGGGUCCAGCAGAACCCUUGGCCAGCACUGGCCUUGGCCCUGCCGCACAGAGGGACCCCCUCCCCAGCCCCACUGCCUCUCCCACUCCUCCCCAGAAGCCCAGGGAGCUGAGCUGCCCUCCUGCCCCUACUGCUCGUGGAGGCCCGAGCUCUCCUGUGGAUGUCCGAGCCCGCCUUCCGUCCCCUCCCGCCCCAGGCAGCAGGCAGCCCCGGGCCUCCCGGGAACAUCCCCCUCUCCCUUUGGGCCUCCUUGUACUCUGAGCUGUGAAUAUUUUUAACCCUGUAAAUAAGGCCAGCUCUUCUCACACAGAGACUAUUUUAUCAGCCGUCCCUGUCCCAGAUGGGUCUAGCUGGUUCUCCAUGGGUGGCUUCUAGACUCAGGCACCAACGGACCAAAUAAAAGCGUUUUGUUUUGUA